AUGGUCUUGCCAGUGACCCAAGCCAACAACGUCAAGGUUUACACCGUUUCAGGUGGUCUCGGCUCCCGAUCGAUUCCCGAUUGGAUUGUGCGAAAACGCAAGAGACAACUCAAGAAGGAUCUGGAAUACAGCACACGAGUCGAGCUUAUCCAAGAUUUCGAGUUUCCACAAGCAUCGAAUUGUAUCCGCACUUCACGGGAUGGCAAUUUUGUUAUUGCUACUGGCACUUACAAACCACAAAUGCGAGUGUACGAAUAUGCUGAAGCAUCCAUGAAGUUUGAACGACACACCGAUUGUGAAUCUCUCAAAUUUGAGGUUUUGUCGGAUGAUUGGACCAAAACGGUGCAUUUGCAGGAUGAUCGAUGGAUCGAAUUUCAUACACAAGGUGGACAUCACUACCGCACACGUAUCCCCAAACAUGGUCGUGAUCUCGCCUAUCAUUUUCCUUCUUGCGACUUGUUGGUUUCUGCAUCCACCCAUGAAGUAUAUCGACUCAAUCUCGAACUUGGACGUUUCUCAACACCUAUUCAAACCGAUGGCACUGAAGGUGUCAAUUGCGCCGAGAUCAACCCUGCACAUCAAUUAUUCGGCUUUGGUACAGCCAACGGCACCGUUGAAUUAUGGGAUCCACGCUCCAAGGCAAGAGUGGGCUUGUUGAAUGAUAUCAAAAUCCCUGCAUCGGUGGUCGACGAAUACAACAAGGAUCCUAUGCAGAUCUCAGCACUCAAGUUCAGAAAUGAUGGCUUGACGAUGGCAGCUGGUACCUCCACAGGACACACAUUGCUAUAUGAUUUGCGAUCGAGCGUACCUUAUUUGAUCAAGGAUCAUCAAUAUGGUCUACCCAUCAAGAACAUCCAUUUCCAUGAGGGUGGAGAGACGCCUCGUGUUAUUGUUUCCGAUAAAAAGGUCAUCAAGAUUUGGGAUCGCAACAAUGGCAAGCAUUUCACAUCCAUCGAACCCGAGACGGAUAUCAAUGAUGUGUGUGUGGUGGAACAAAGCGGUUUGCUAUUCACAGCCCAAGAAGGAAUUCAAAUGGGUGCCUACUAUGUGCCACAAUUGGGUCCUGCUCCACGAUGGGCCUCCUUCCUUGACAACAUCACUGAAGAAAUGGAAGAGAAUCCCAACCGUGAUAUCUACGACGAGUACAAGUUUGUUACCCGAAAGGAACUUUCAGCAUUGGGUCUCGACCACCUUAUGGGUACCAAUGUUCUCAAAGCCUACAUGCAUGGUUUCUUUGUCGAUCUUCGAUUGUACGAGCAAGCCAAGCUUAUCGCCAAUCCAUUUGCCUAUGAUGAAUACAGACAAAAGACGGUGCGUGAUAAGAUUGAAAAGGAACGUGGAUCCCGUAUCCGUGUCAAUACCAAGUUGCCAGCUGUCAACAAAGAAGUCGCCAAGAGUCUGCUCGAGUCAAAGAACAAAAAGAAGAAUGGCACCGACGUUCUCGAGGACGAUCGUUUCAAGCAAAUGUUUGCCGAUCCAGAAUUCGAAGUCGAUACAGAAUCCAAAGAAUACCAAUUAUUGCAUCCUAACACAGUCAAAAAGAGACGUGCCAUUGAUUCCGAUAACGAAGAUGAGGAUGAAGAGGAUGAAGAGCAACAAGAAGAGGAAUCGGAUGUGGAUUCUGAUGAUAGCGAACGGAUGUCGGGCGAUAGCGAAAGCGAAGAUGAUCUUGUAUCCAAAAUCCGCAAGGAACGCGGUAUGCAUGUUCGAUCCAAGAAAAAGACACAAACAUCUAUACGAAGCGAUGCUGGCAAGAAACAAAAGACCAAGCCCAAGAAUGGCAAACGGUCCUUGGAGAUGCGGAUGGGAACAGAUGGUGGUCGUAUGGCAAGUAGGAAUGAGGAUCGCAAGUCCUUUGGAGAACGUCUCAAGUCUGAAAAGUCACAACGACGAAACGAAGGUCAUCGUGUAUCACGGACAGCUCUUGGUGGCAUGGAAAUGUCGUUUACACCCCAAAGCCGUCGCAGAAGAGGAGGUGGUGGCCGAUAA